UUCCGCGGCCUUCGCAGCGAGCAUUCAGUGUCAAGGUGCUCGAACUGGCGGUCGCAAGCGCUCCAGUGAUAGAAGCUAACGAACUCGAUCGGAACCGAUCUCCCAGCAUCUGGCGUUUCUCGAAGAGUUUCGCAUAAGAACGUUUAGCCAAAUCUCAUAGGCGGCAGUUGGGCGCUCCAUUUUCGACAGUGAGGACGUCGCUCGAACGGUUCGCGUUGUUUCGGUUUUCAAAAACAAUAAAAAGACAAACCAGACAGCUUUGCUUCUGAAAACAACAGAUCAAUCGUGUGCGUAGUGCGUGUCCUGCGAUCCCAAGUGAAGUUCCGAAACGGUUAAACAAGCCACGUUCUCGAGUGAUUAAGAACACCGGCGUCUGCGAUGCAUCCACGGUCAAUGACAAGGCAGCCAAGAGGAGUAAGCAUGAUGGCGCUGCUCGGCCUAAUGCUGCUCUUGGCGGGCAGCUCGGUGGCGGCACGCAAGCUGCCCAAGCGGCCGGCGGUGAAACCGUUGAAGACAUUUCCGCGCAACAACGCCACACCGAUUCCGGCAACGGCAGCGGCUGCGGCAGCGGCAGCGGCACUGGCAGCGGGACCAGCAGCGGGAGCGGUGACAGCGGCGCCGAGCGGAAGCGAGCUACCGAAACCGUUGGGCGCUGAGCCAGCGGAAGCGAUUGUCGCAUCGCCAGCUGGCUCCGCAGAUUCCUCUGGCGCUGCUCCACCUGCCUCGCCGGCCGCAGAGACCAAGGCCGAUGAUCUGGGCCCCACUCCCAUGGCAACACCUUCGGCGGGCUCCUCGGUGGACGAGGACUGCGAACCGGAUAUGAUCGGCUUCGAGCUCAUAACAGGGUUCGUGCUAUCGGCGCCAUCGAAGCAAUUGGAAACGCUGCCCGGCACCCUCAUGCUGACCGACUGCCUGGAGGCCUGCCAGGCCAAUGAAUCUUGCAACGCGGUUAAUUACGAGACGGGCCUGUGUGUCAUGUUCCGCAGCACCGCCGAUCAGUUGCCAGGUUCGCUGUCCCGCUCCCAGUACCCCGUGUUCACCGUCUACGCGCAGAAGUCCUGCUUCGGAGUGCGCCCCUGCUCGAAGGCCUGGUGCAUCGAUCGCGUCCAGGGCUACCGCCUGCCGGAGCGGGCCAAGGCCAGCCAGAGUGUGGCCACGCGGCGCGACUGCAUCGAGCUCUGCCUGGGCGAGACGGAGUUCACCUGCCGAUCGGCCAACUACUACGCGCACUCUGGCCUGUGCGAGCUCUCGGACAUGGAUCGCAUUACGCUGUCGGACGAGGCGAACAUCGCGGCCUACGAUGGCGCCGACUACCUGGAGAACAACUGCGCCGAGGAGCCCAGCAAGCUGUGCGAGUUCAAGCGCGUAGCGGGCCGCAUUCUGAAGACGGUGGACUCGGUGCACCAGAACGUGCAGACCCUGGACGAGUGCCGCGACCUCUGCCUGACCGCCCCCUUCCGGUGCCACUCGUACGACUACAACGAGACCGGGGAGCUGGUCUGCCGCCUGUCCCACCACAGCCGGGCCACGCUGACGGACCUCUCGGAGCCGUACCUCUCCAUCGAGGAGGCGGCCACCUACGAGCAGUCGGCCUGCUACAACGUGUCCAUCGACUGCCGCUCCGGCGAGAUGGUGACCAAGAUCCGCACCUCGAAGCUCUUCGACGGCAAGGUGUACGCCAAGGGGGCUCCCAAGUCCUGCGCCGUGAACGUGAACAACUCCCUGGAGUUCGACCUCAAGAUGCGCUACAACGACCUGGAGUGCAACGUGCGCCAGAGUGCGUACGGCAGGUACAUGAACGACAUUGUCAUCCAGCACCACGACAUGAUCGUCACCUCGUCGGAUCUCGGAUUAGCCGUGUCCUGCCAGUACGACCUGACCAACAAGACGGUGGUCAACAACGUGGACCUGGGCGUCACCGGCGAGAUCGAGUCCACUCUGAGCGAGGAGAUCAUCGUCGACUCGCCGAACGUCAUCAUGAAGAUCACCGCACGUGACGGCAGCGACAUGAAGAGGAUCGCCGAGGUCGGGGAUCCGCUGGCCCUCCGAUUCGAGAUCGUCGACGCCAACAGCCCGUACGAGAUCUUCGUCAGGGAACUGGUGGCCAUGGACGGGACGGACAGCGCCGAAAUCACACUGAUAGACGCCAACGGCUGUCCCACGGACCAGUACAUAAUGAGUGCCAUGCAAAAGCUGGCCGGCAAUCGCAAGGUGCUGCUCUCACAGUUCGACGCCUUCAAGUUCCCCUCCUCGGAGCUGGUGCAGUUCCGCGCCCUGGUCACGCCCUGCAUACCGCGCUGCGAACCGGUUAUCUGCGACAACGAUGAGAACGGCGAGCUCAAGUCGCUGCUGUCCUACGGUCGUCGCAAGCGAUCGGUGCUCAACGGCACUGAUGGCGUUGAGCUGGCCAUUAAGUCGGAACGCCAAAAACGUGAUGUGAGUCAUCAGGCGGCCGGCGAUGAGAACAUUCUGCUGGUGCAAUCGAUACAAAUCACCGAUAAGUUCGCCUUCAACGGCGCCGAUUCUCCGGGAGGCUCGGAGGCCGGUGGUCUGGACGGCCUGGCCAAAUUGCAACUGGAUCUGGGCACCAAAGCGGACACUUGCAUAAAUGGCUAUGGCUUCAUAAUUGCCGGAGCUCUGUUCCUGCUGCUCCAGCUGACGGUCAUCGCUGUCUGGGACAAUAUGCAGAAGCGAGCGUUACACAAGCGGUAAGAACGUCAACGCCAGUGAAUGGCCUUUUAACAAGCCAGCUAAAGAGGUUUGAGACGAAGGCGGAGGUGGCGGAGGAGAUGGAGAUGCAGAUGGAGAUGGAGAUGGAGCUCCAGAUGCAGGACACGAAACGAAUCGAAGACCGAGCUGCAGGUGGAGAGGCAGAAACUAGCAUGAAAUUCUACUUAGCUCAAAACUUAGCACCGCUCAUAAUCUAGUUAGUAGAUGUACGACCGAGAGAUGGAGAACGGACGGAGGACGCCCUUCCCCGGACUUUCCGCCAUAGAGCUGGACUCCUCUGUGAAGGGUUCCCCUUGGGAACGAACCGUAGCUUAAUAUUUAUACCUACACCUAACUGAACACGCGCGCAUUUGGGCGCCCCUCUAUAAGACUUACCGCUAAGACUACUCUGAAUACGUCGACAUACUAUCAGCUUAAGACUCGGAACUCGGAAAGUAAAGCUCCUUAGUUGUAGUGCGAACCAUUCAAACCUCUCAAGCGAGCUUCGAACUGACAACCAUUGCUCGUUUAAGAGGUUUGACUGUCUACUAAUACUUAAACACUUAACUUAACUUAACUUAACUUAAUGCUUAUAUAUGCUAGGCCCAUUCGAACACAGACACACAAAAUGUAACACAGACAAAACUUCAGAUGCUAUAAAAGGUAAAUAAACGUAUUAGAAAGAUA